AUGAACCCUCUUGACCUGCUCCUCCUUCGAAAUGGCAGCAAGGCUCGCCAACGUGCAGAGAGUAGCCACGCCAUAUCAACCAACCACAACGAAAUGAUGGAUCAACUCCCCAAAAACAACCCAAAGCCUCGUCAGAUCGGUACAAUGUACAAGUCAGCAUAUUUGCGAUGUGUGCAUCAAGAUUAUCCAGCGCCUGAGUUCAUUGCCUUCUUAUACUCAACUUCCAUCCGGCAUGCAUACUAUCGGGGAGCUUUCUCCAACUUCAGACUGUACCAUCCACCCGAAACUACUCAAGGGCUUCUUUCCAGAAAGGUCUCGCCUGGCCUGCGAGUGGAAGCAACAUCGGACAUGGACGCGACAAUAACCCUUCUUGGAUUGACUCAGCCAUUCUUCGCCAGUGGAAGGACACGUGUUGCACAACGCACGACUCCAAGUCUUGUUGACACUCACAAGUACUGCCUGGUUCCCGUGCAGCCGGGGCAUCAAUAUGUUGCUUUGAGCUACAUAUGGGGCACCAAGACGAUGCUGAUGACGCAACGAAGCAACUUGACCGAGCUUCAGAAGGAACGGGCUCUCUCUACCGGCCCGCUAGCUCAGCAAGUUGCCCGCACCAUUCGCGACUCGAUCGAGCUCGUCAAGUUGCUCGGCGAAAGAUAUUUAUGGGUUGAUGCACUAUGCAUUGUCCAAGACGAUGGAGCAUCCAAGCAUCACCAAAUCACCAACAUGUCGUCCAUCUAUGCGGGUGCCAAACUCACGAUAAUAUCUGCCCAAGCAUCCGACGCGUGGCACGGCCUACGAGGCCUUGAAAAUAUCUCGGAGCCUCGCUCUCUUCAAGUACGAACCGUAUCUGCAGGCGGCUAUCGUUUCGUGGAGAGGCUAGAGUAUACAACAGGCCUAAUGCCAUGGUGUCGCCGAGGCUGGACCUUUCAAGAAGCUUUGUUUUCUCCCAGACGCCUCAUCUUCAGUGACGACUCGGUCCAAUGGAGCUGCGGUACUGUGGUCUGGACUGAGGACUCGGACUACGAUCACAAGCCAAGGCUCCUGGGGUCUGGAUGGGGGGUAUUAGGCGAAGAGGCGUUGAAUACUACUUUUCCAGACAUCACAGGGCUAAAUCAGCUUGUGGAAGCCUAUGGGACCCGGCAGUUCACCUUUCCAGAGGACACAUUGAGCGCUUUUGCCGGGUUCUCGACGGCCAUUAGCAGUAUCUUUCUGGGAGGCUUCAUCCAGGGCCUUCCAAUCAUGUUUCUUGAUGCUGCGCUUCUCUGGAAGGCGAAUCCUCAUACCCAAUGGCCUCAGCCCGGUUCCCCCAACAAAAUCUACCGAAAAGUCCCUUCAAAAGCGCAAGGGGAGUGCCCACCGACUUGGUCCUGGGCCGGCUGGGCCACAGAGGUGGACUAUUCGUCUUGGAUCGGAGCAAGCGAUUACAUUCGAUACAGCAAAACUAUGCGUUUCUACUCUGAUGGCUGCCGGACAGAACCCUUGGUCCAAUGGUACGCUCGAGACAAGAAGGAAUCCGAACCAAAGCUCAUACCCUAUCAGAAUGAGGGGUUCAAGUACAGGCAGCGCUUCCUGAAUAAGGGGGGAGGCGAUCUACCGUCUGGCUGGACGAGAUUGAAAAGCGAGAGCUCCAUGGUCAAAGACGAUAAGCACUUCCGCCCUUGGAAACCCCGAGAGGAAACACCGGCCUUCUACUAUAUGCAUGAGGAUGCUCCGGACACUCAGUUUUGGUAUCCCAUUCCAAUAAUCAAAUCGAGCCAAACCUCCAACGAAUUCCAGUGGGGAAGGUACCUUUCUUGUCGAACACAGAAGGGGCUGUUUUGGAGGGAGUCGUCCAAGAAUGUACUGCAAGGAAAACCAGACGCAAGGAUUCUCGAGUGGGAACACCAUUACCCUUCUACCUCUCUCGAGAAAUUUACCGAUGACCCCAUUCCUCUAUAUCUGAAAGACCAGAACGGUUUGUUUGCUGGUUAUCUUACCUUACAUGCGACUACAAGUUCUUCGAUUAUGGAUGCGGAGGACGAAGAGGGCGAGCCUACUGAGGUAGAGUGCACACACGAGUCGCGCUUACGAGGUCAUCGCCAGCUCAACAGCUCAGCCGCGAACGUGAAGAAGCAUGACAGCGUCACCACCAGACAAUCACGCAAAGAAGAAGCAUUUCAGGUUGUCGCGAUUUCGAAAGGGCAUGCCUUCUCUAGACUAGGAGAAGACUACGACUUCGUCAAUAUCCUCUGGGUUGAAUGGAGUGAUGGCAUAGCGUAUCGCAAGGGAUUGGGACGGAUCUUUCAACACGUUUGGGAGAACCAGCCACUUGAAGACAUCGAACUCAUUCUGGGAUGA